UAUAUGAUCCUUCCCCUUCUCCGUAAGUUAGUAGAUCUUAAGCCAUCACAGGCGUUCCCCAUAUUUACGCGGGACCCGCAGGCGACGUCUCCGUGGGCCGUCUUCAAAAGUCAACAGCGUAGGGCCGUCGACCGCUGACCGUUCAAAGUUUCCAGAGGGAACACUCCCUCCACAAAAAUCCAUACUGCACACCUCAAGUAACGCCUUUCUACUGUGGACAGAAUCCAAUCGCAUUAUCUGUUUCACCAUCACACUUUUUGAGCUCCAUAAACAUAAGCAGAAGCAUCAUUUCGUUUCCUUGCCACGGAGACGCAGCCCCUCCCUCCCAGCCCAGCCUCCUCACACAGAGGCUCAAAAAUGGCGGCCAGAACCACACGUGAAGUCUCUUUCUUCCUCCUUUCCUUUCUCUCCCUCUGCUUCGCUCUCAGAGCCGCAUCACAAACACUAUCCAACGACGAGAAGCGAAUCCUGCUGCAGAUCAAGAGGGAAUGGCGAGACCAACCCGUUCUCGCCUCUUGGAACGACACAACCACCUCCUCCUAUUGCGCCUGGACGGGAGUCGGCUGCGCUGCCGAUGGCUCCGUCGCCAAUAUCACGCUCUCCGGCCAGACGACCCCAAAGAUCUCGCAACCGAUCCCCAACUCCCUCUGCAGCCUCAGGAACCUGUCCUACCUCGACCUCAGUUACAACAACAUCCCCGGCUCCUUCCCCACCUCCCUAUACAACUGCUCCAGCCUCCGGUACCUUGAUCUAUCUCAGAACCGCUUCGUCGGCGUGAUCCCCGACGACGUCGACCGCCUCUCGCCCCUGCUCACGCACCUCGAUCUCUCCUCCAACAACUUCUCCGGCGACGUCCCUCCCGCCAUCAGCCGGUUUCCGGCGAUCCAAAAAUUAGUCCUCAACAGCAACCUUUUCAACGGAAGCUUCCCGGCGGAGAUCGGCAACCUCUCCCGUCUCCAGACGCUCGUGCUCGCCUACAACCCUUUUGCUCCCAACAUAAUUCCACCCGAGUUCGGCAACUUGACUCAGCUGGUCUUCCUGUGGAUGACCAGUGCUAAUCUUGUCGGCGAGAUACCACCUUCGUUCUCGAAACUGGAAGCGUUGGUGCAGUUGGACUUGUCGGAGAACUCGCUCACUGGAACGAUCCCCGCCGGAAUCUGGGCGCUCCAGAAUCUGGUCUACUUGUAUCUACACAGGAAUAACUUAUCCGGGCCGAUCACGAUUGAUGGGACCAUCGGAGCUCUAGGCCUGGAAAGGAUUGAUGUAUCGAUGAAUCAGAUCAAUGGGUCGAUCCCGAAAGACUUUGGCAAGCUCCUGAACCUGUCUGUCCUCUUCAUGUACUACAACCGGUUAUCUGGCGAGAUACCGGCGAGCAUCGGCCUCCUGCCGUUACUGUACGAUCUCCGGCUGUUCAACAACGGCUUAACCGGCGUCUUGCCACCGGAAUUGGGCAAGCACUGUCCUUUGUGGAACAUCGAGGUCGACGACAACAAGAUCUUCGGUGAGCUACCGGACGGCCUUUGCGAUGGUGGCGCCUUGACCUCCAUCGUGGUCUUCAACAACAACAUGAGCGGAAAGAUACCGCCGUCCCUCGGUAGCUGUUCAACGCUCGACAACAUUCAGGUACAGAGCAACAGUUUCUCCGGCGAGGUGCCCGAUGGGAUCUGGUCGGCGGUGAAUUUGACGACCAUGAUCAUGAGGGAUAACGCCUUCUCCGGCGGCCUCCCGGACGAGCUUCCCUGGAACCUGACGCGGUUAGAUAUCAAGAACAAUCGAUUCAGCGGCCAAGUCCCGUCCUCGGCGGGCAACUUGGUGGUGUUCUUGGCGAGUAACAACAUGUUCUCCGGCAACCUCCCGUCGACCCUAACAGGACUCUCGCGGCUGCAGUCCCUCUCUCUGGGAGGCAAUAUGAUCACCGGAACGAUCCCGUCGGAUUUGUCAGUGCUGAAGUCGCUCGUGGAUCUCAAUCUUAGCCACAACCAGCUGACCGGACACAUCCCGGUGGCGAUCGGGUCGCUGCCGGUGCUGAACUCGCUCGACCUAUCGGCGAACGAACUCUCCGGCUCGAUCCCAACGGCGAUGGCGAACCUGAAGCUCAACUUCCUGAACCUCUCGUCCAACCAGCUCUCCGGCGAGAUUCCGGCGGGGUUGCAGAGCCCGGCGUACGAGCAAAGCUUCCUCUCGAAUCCCAGUCUUUGCGCUGCCAAUUCCCAACUCAACGUCCCCGCCUGCCGAAGGGGCAGCUCGGGUGGGCUGUCCCGUGGCCUCCGCAUCCUCUUCUUCGUCCUCGGCGGGCUCGUGUUCUUGAUGGCGUUGGCGUUCUCCGUCUUCGUGUACAGAGACCGCAAGAAGAGAAGCAACGGCAGCGAUCCCGCCGUGUGGAACGUGACCUCCUUCCAGUCGGUGGAUUUCACGGAAUCCAACAUCAUGCGCGGCAUCAAGGAGGAGAACCUGAUCGGCAGCGGCGGGUCCGGCAACGUCUACAAGGUCGACCUAGGGAACCGCGCCGGGGAGACCGUGGCCGUCAAGAAGAUCUGGAGCAGCAGGAAGCUUGACUCCAAGCUGGAGAAGCAGUUCCAGUCGGAGGUGAAGUUCCUGGGAUCCAUCAGGCACAAGAACAUCAUCAAGCUGCGGUGCUGCAUCUCCAGCCCCGACGCGAAGCUACUGGUGUACGAGUACAUGGGGAACGGGAGCUUGGAUCGGUGGCUGCACGGGAAGCGGGCGGCGCCGCUGCAUUGGUCGACCAGGCUGGAGAUCGCCGUCGGGUCGGCCCGAGGGCUGUGCUACUUGCACCAUGAUUGCUCGCCGCCGAUCAUACAUCGGGACGUGAAGUCCAGCAAUAUCCUGUUGGAUAUGGAGUUCAACGCCAAGAUCGCCGACUUCGGUCUGGCACGGAUGCUGGUCAAGCCCGGGCAGCUCGACACGGUGUCGGUAAUAGCCGGCUCCUUCGGCUACAUGGCUCCAGAGUGCGGGUAUUCCAGGAGACUGAACGAGAAAGUGGAUGUGUACAGCUUCGGGGUUGUUCUUCUGGAGCUGACCACAGGAAGACGGGCAAACAAUGAGGGGGAGCAAUGUAACCUGGCAGAGUGGGCCUGGAAGCAGAUCCAAGAGGGAGCAAACCUGCGCGACGCGGUAGACCCGGCCAUAAAAGACUCGCCGCAGAUGGACGACAUAACCACGGUGUUCAAAUUGGGGCUUCGCUGCACGGAGUCUUUGCCUUCACGGAGGCCGUCCAUGAAGGACGUGCUGCAGGUUUUGAUGCGGUGCAAUCGGCCGCGCGGAGACGAUUGCAAACCCUGCGCUGAGCGCGACGUGGCACCGCUUCUAUCAUCGAAGACGGGUAGUCGACGAAAAGGAUCACCCAAUGAUGGCGAUGAGAAGAGUUUGGCAUGCAACGUCUGAGGCAAUGGUUAUACCUCGUCGUCAUGACGAUCUCUGAUCACCAAGACACGGUCAAUAUAGAGCAACUAAUGGAAUAUGGCCUUCACGACAGGGAAAUCACCGGAUGUAGUUGCAGAAGAUUUCUGGCACAGCAACAGCUGCAGAGACAUGACAAAGUCGCAGAAUUCGAAAGGUUACUGUAUCCCCUCCAUUUGUAUGUCAAUAGUGAAGAGACAACAGGACGAGGAAAAAGAGAGGGAGAGGAAGAAGAGCAUCACCACAAUGCAAUGCAGGUGCAGGAGACAAAAGCCGGGCAGCAUCAGAACAGCGUCCUCUGCACAAGAUUCUGCUGUCUUCUGUGAACUGACCACCACUUUGCUUACUCUACUAUCAGAUGCAAUCGCAUAGGUCAAAUUAAGAACUGCAUACACGGCAUAGAAAAGGGUCUUGCACAAAAUGUUUGGAUUCGUUUAGACUGUGCUAGAUCGAUAGAUAUCAUUUUAAGAUACAGAAAUACCUCUGAAGAUUAUGCCAACUACAUACAACAGGCUGCCAAAUAUGAACGCCAGUAACCAAGAAGAUUGUGCCUUCAAGACUUCCUUCGGUUUAGUCCCAACAACAAUAAGAUCAGGUGAAGUAUGGUGGUGCACCGCUGACAUGACUUGGAGUCCUGCAAAUCUCAUGUUGAAAAUUUGUUCAAAAUCAAAACACAAUAUGUAAAAUCUGGAAGAGACCAAGACUGCACGAUGUAAAACAACUGCCAACCAGAGGAGAAAGAUAAAUACCACUGAUUAAAUCAA